CGCGGCCGCCUCAUUCAGUCUCCUUUUCAUUCAAGAUGGCGGGCGACGAGUCUGGUACAACGCUUGGUCAGCCACAUCUGGCCAGACAAGACCUGAAUUCUCUUAAUGUGUCCACUCUGACGCCUCUCUCUCAAGAGAUCAUCAGCAGACAGGCCACCAUCAAUAUCGGCACCAUCGGUCAUGUGGCCCACGGAAAGUCCACGGUGGUGAAGGCCAUCUCUGGUGUUCACACUGUCAGGUUCAAGAACGAGCUGGAGAGGAACAUCACCAUCAAGCUAGGAUAUGCUAACGCUAAGGUCUAUAAGCUGGACGACCCCAGCUCUCCCAGGCCAGAGUGCUACAGGUCGUGUGGCAGCAGCACUCCGGACGAGUUCCCCUCAGACAUCCCCGGCAUCAAGGGCAACUUCAAACUGGUCAGACACGUGUCCUUUGUCGACUGUCCUGGUCACGACAUUUUGAUGGCCACUAUGUUGAACGGAGCCGCCGUCAUGGAUGCAGCUCUCCUGCUUAUUGCGGGCAACGAGUCGUGUCCUCAGCCCCAGACGUCGGAGCACCUGGCAGCCAUAGAGAUCAUGAAGCUGAAGCACAUCCUCAUCCUGCAGAACAAGAUCGACCUGGUGAAGGAGAGCCAGGCCAAAGAGCAGUACGAGCAGAUCCUCGCCUUCGUACAGGGCACGGUGGCAGAAGGCGCCCCCAUCAUUCCUAUCUCAGCACAGCUGAAGUACAACAUCGAGGUGGUUUGUGAGUACAUCGUCAAAAAGAUCCCAGUGCCCAUCAGAGACUUCAUCUCCGAGCCCAGACUCAUCGUCAUCAGAUCUUUUGACGUGAACAAGCCGGGCUGUGAGGUGGAUGACUUGAAAGGAGGCGUGGCUGGAGGAAGUAUCCUGAAGGGAGUCCUCAAGGUGGGUCAAGAGAUCGAGGUGCGGCCCGGUAUCGUGUCCAAAGACCACGAAGGGAAGCUGAUGUGCAAACCCAUCUUCUCCAAGAUCGUCUCUCUGUUUGCUGAGCACAACGACCUGCAGUACGCUGCUCCUGGAGGCCUCAUCGGUGUGGGCACCAAGAUCGACCCGACGCUGUGCCGGGCGGAUCGUAUGGUCGGGCAGGUGCUGGGCGCCGUCGGAGCGCUGCCAGAGAUCUUCACCGAGCUGGAGAUCUCCUACUUCCUGCUCAGGAGGCUGCUGGGAGUCCGCACAGAGGGGGACAAGAAGGCUGCCAAGGUCCAGAAGCUGUCUAAGAACGAGGUUCUGAUGGUGAACAUCGGCUCGUUGUCGACGGGCGGCCGCGUCAGCGCUGUGAAGGCCGAUCUGGCCAAGAUCGUCCUCACCAACCCCGUCUGCACGGAGGUCGGAGAGAAGAUCGCUCUGAGCCGACGUGUGGAGAAACAUUGGCGUCUGAUUGGAUGGGGUCAGAUCAGGAGGGGCGUGACCAUCACACCCACAGUGGACGAUGACUGAGGAGGAAGCAGCGCUCCGUCAGCCGGACGUCACGACCAUCACUCUCUUCUCCGUUGCUUUUUUGUUUUGUUUAGUUUUUUGGGGGUUUUUUUCCACAAGGAGGAAGGAAGGGAACAGAGCAGGACACGUCGGGGUUUUAAAGAUUCCUCCUCCUUCUUCCUCUGCUCCUCUUCCUCAGCAGCAACACGAGGAGGUCCAGUUCAACCUUUCUACCUGUUUAUUUCUUUUUUUGUUGCUGCAGAAGAAGAGGAUGGAGGAGGAGGAGGUUCACAUGCUUUCAAAGCGAAACAUGGAGGUUCAUUCAGUGCAGAAAUGAUUUCAGUCAAAUCUAAUAAAAAACAUUUGGAAGAAAA